AUGCCUUUUUCUUCAAUAAUUGCGACCGCUUUCUUAUAUAGUCAACUGGCCCUAGCCGUUACUAUUCCUCAGUGCAGUGCACCGACCGCAAACACGUUAAAUGGAACAUACUACGGUGUCCAUAAUUCCUUUUACAAUGAAGACUUCUUUCUCGGCAUACCCUAUGCUCAACCACCCAUAAACAAUCUCAGAUAUAGACCUGCUCAGCCGCUGAAUUCAUCUUGGUCGAGUCCCAAGAAUGCUACUCAGUAUGGCUACGAAUGCGUUGGCUAUGGUCUUGAUACCGAGAGUCAAGGGAAUUACGUGUCGGAGGAUUGCCUGACGCUGAAUAUUAUUCGCCCUUCUGGAUAUGAGGGGAAACAACUACCUGUUGGGGUUUGGAUCCAUGGCGGAGGAUAUGUUGAGGGCGGAAGUGCUGAUCACAGGUAUAACUUGAGUUUCAUCGUUCAGAACUCCGCUGAUGCCGGCAUUCCAAUAAUUGGGGUGGGCAUAAAUUAUCGUCUGGCAGGCUGGGGUUUCCUCUUCUCGAAGGAGCUCCAAACCGAGGGUGCUGGGAAUCUGGGUCUUCGUGAUCAACGUUUGGCCUUGCAAUGGAUCCAAGAGAACAUUGCAAGGUUCGGUGGUGACCCAGCGAAAGUGACUAUUUGGGGCGAGAGCGCGGGUGCAGGCUCAGUUGGAGCACAACUCGUAGCUUACGGUGGCCGUGAUGAUAAACUUUUCCGUGCUGCCAUUGCAGAGAGCGGAGCACCUACUUUCUUCGACAGAGCUCAAUCUCUCAAUCAAUCUCAAGCAGUGUACGACAAUGUGACUAGAGCAAGCAAUUGCAGUAGGGCAAAAGACACUCUGCAAUGUCUUCGUAACGUCCCCUUCGCAGUUCUCAACAAUGUUUUGAAUUCUUCCGCAACAUUCCCCGUCAUCGAUGGGGACUUCUUGAAAGAAUCUCCAACACUCCAACUCAAAGCGGGCAAGUUUGUCAAAGUUCCGUUCCUUAUUGGCGCCAACCACGAUGAAGGAACUUCCUUCGGACCUCGUGGCAUCAAUACAACAGCUCAAUUUCGUUCAUGGCUACAAGGCUACACGACCGACAAUAGCAGCAUCGACAUACUUGCUGCUCUGUACCCCGACAUCCCUGAAAUUGGUAUUCCAGGAACCUUCCACGGGAGACCAGGAGGGGAUCUAGGAUUUCAAUACAAACGUACAUCAGCCCUCGCAGGGGACUACGCCAUGCACGCCUCCCGCCGCCUCACCAACCAAGCCUGGGCGGCCCAAAACAUAACCUCCUACGCAUAUCUCUUCAACGUGCUCGUCAACGGCAUGCCCAACACAUCCGGCUCCACCCAUUUCCAAGAAGUGGCCUUCAUGCUCGACAACACGAACGGCCUUGGCUAUCCACAGAACAAUCUACCGAAUCCGUUCGGUGGCAAGCCGCAAAGUUACCUAGAGCUCGCGAGGCUUAUGACUAGAAUGUGGGCGAGCUUUAUCUAUAGUGGGGAUCCAAAUAAUUCAGGUGUUCCCGCCGCGACCUGGCCCAUCUAUACGCUAAACGACCCGCAGAUGUUUGUCUUUGACGCCAACACUACGAGUUCUGUGGAACCGGAUCUGUACCGUGCGGAGGGUAUAGCGUGGAUGAUAAAGAACAUGUACACCGUCUUUGGACGUUAG